GAACUCAACAGUUACUUGGCUAACCCAUCUAAGAAUAUUGAAAGUUUAUUUUCCUAUCUACCAGUAUGUGCAAGUUUCAUUAAACUAAAUUCAACAUUACCUAGCUCUGCAGUGGUUGAGCAUCUUUUCAGUGUUGCUGGACAAAUUCUAACUGGUAAACGCUGUAGAUUG